AUGCUUUCUAACCAUGCGGAGGAACUUCAUAUAGUUAACAGUAUUUUAGAUACGGGUGAUCGAACCUACGAAUGUGCACAACGCGUUAAUACCUUUUCCCAAAGAGACAGCCUUGAACGCAACCUCCAAGAUUCUCCUUGGACUGAAUUUCUAGUAGGUUAUGAGAACAUGGACACCACGCAGAAUUAUGACCAAGAAGGCCCAUACUCAAUGGUCAGGUCGGGAGCGCAUUCAUGGCAACGGCAGGAGGUAGGGCUGGUUCCGAUGGGCAUAAACAUCGAAACUGGCUCCAUAGUUGCCCCCCUUUGUCAAUCAAAUACUUGGCCGAUCAUUGGGAACACAAACUGGAAUCUCAAAUCCUUCCAGGAGCCAAGUGAUCUUCUAUCGACCCUGGCUCCAGCGCCUUACACGAAUACGGCCACUGUGGUUUUUCGAAAAGAAGGGGAUGAAGAUGAUAUCACCUCAUUCUUGAAGUACGAAUUGUCGCCAAGCGUGAAUGUUUGCUUGGAAAUGAAAGACAUGUUUCCAGAAUAUUCAUGGCAACACGACUUUGAUGUUAGCCAGCAUGUCACGGGGCUUACGGUUUGGUAUUACAUCCCGUACAGCACCAUUUCUGUCAGUUUUAAGCUUUGCGCUCAAAAAGUCUCAAGAUCAAGGAUCUUCGAUCACAACAGCGCAAUUAAAGGGUCAGAAAUCAUUUCAGCUCCCGCACCUGUCGAGCAUUCCCGCGUUGCGGCCUAUCUGUCGUCUUUAAAAGGCCACGCCGUAACAAAUCUUGAUCGUUUUGUAACCCAGUUCCGAGCGGUUAUCACACCAGUUCCAGCAGGAAAUCAAGAAGGGUCUUUGGCCAACUUAUUUGUUUCAUUCGAGCUGAACCCCAAUGUUUCUGAAAAUGAUUUGCUCCACGAUGAUUCAGAAGGUAUCGAGUUGCUCAACGAACAGCGCAACCGCGAUGAGUAUGGCUGCGAAUUUCUCCUUGAUCAAUCUUCUCAGCAUGUUGUAGAUCAAGAGGCAGACGCACCGGAGCAUUUCCGGCGAGGAACGCCUCACCAACCCGCCAACUCAGACACCUCCAUCCCAGGUACAUUCAAAAUUGGAAACCAACCAGAUGAUCACAAACACGUUCGUGAGACGACUGCCAGCACGGAGGAGAAAGAAUGUUUUCAGUGGCAGUCAAAUAUCAAAAAGGCAAACGAAUUUUGGAUGGUUGUUUAA